CGCCGGCUCGCCCUCGCCGCGCCGAGGAAUGAAACCUUCCCAGCUCCACCUGCUCAUCGUCUGCUUCUUCCUCUUCAGUCAAGAGCUGGGCCUCCAGAAGAGAGGAUGCUGUCUGGUGCUGGGCUACAUGGCCAAGGACAAGUUUCGGAGAAUGAAUGAAGGUCAAGUGUACUCCUUCAGCCAGCAGCCCCAGGACCAGGCCGUGGUGUCGGGGCAGCCGGUGACACUGCUUUGUGCCAUCCCGGAAUAUGAUGGCUUCGUUCUGUGGAUCAAAGACGGCUUGGCUCUGGGCGUGGGCAGGGACCUCUCAAGUUACCCACAGUACCUGGUGGUAGGGAACCACCUGUCGGGAGAACAUCACCUGAAGAUCUUGCGGGCAGAGCUGCAAGAUGACGCCGUGUACGAGUGCCAGGCCAUCCAGGCCGCCAUCCGGUCCCGCCCCGCACGCCUCACUGUCCUGGUGCCACCCGAUGACCCCGUCAUCCUGGGGGGGCCCGUGAUCAGCCUGCGGGCAGGGGACCCCCUCAACCUCACCUGCCACGCAGACAACGCCAAGCCUGCGGCUUCCAUCAUCUGGUUGCGGAAGGGAGAGGUCAUCAACGGGGCCACCUACUCCAAGACCCUGCUUCGGGAUGGCAAGCGUGAGAGCAUCGUGAGCACCCUCUUCAUCUCCCCCGGAGACGUGGAGAACGGGCAGAGCAUUGUGUGCCGGGCCACCAACAAAGCCAUCCCCGGAGGGAAGGAGACCUCGGUCACCAUCGACAUCCAGCACCCCCCGCUUGUCAACCUGUCCGUGGAACCACAGCCCGUGCUGGAGGACAACGUUGUCACCUUCCACUGCUCUGCCAAGGCCAACCCCGCUGUCACCCAGUACAGGUGGGCCAAGCGGGGCCAGAUCAUCAAGGAGGCGUCGGGAGAGGUGUAUCGAACCACCGUGGACUACACCUACUUCUCCGAGCCCGUCUCCUGCGAGGUGACGAAUGCCCUGGGCAGCACCAACAUCAGCCGCACCGUGGACGUCUAUUUCGGGCCCCGGAUGACAAUGGAGCCCCAGUCCCUGCUCGUGGAUCUGGGCUCAGAUGCCGUCUUCAGCUGCGCCUGGACGGGAAACCCGUCCCUGACCAUCGUCUGGAUGAAACGGGGCUCCGGCGUGGUCCUGAGCAAUGAAAAGACGCUGACCCUCAAAGCCGUCCGCCAGGAGGAUGCCGGGAAGUACGUGUGCCGAGCGGUGGUGCCCCGGGUGGGGGCCGGGGAGCGAGAGGUGACCCUGACUGUCAACGGACCCCCCAUCAUCUCCAGCACCCAGACCCAGCACGCCCUCCACGGGGAAAAGGGCCAGAUCAAGUGCUUCAUCCGGAGCACGCCGCCCCCCGACCGAAUAGCCUGGUCGUGGAAGGAGAACGUGCUGGAGUCAGGGACGUCGGGGCGCUACACAGUGGAGACGGUCAGCACGGAGGAGGGCGUCAUCUCCACCCUGACCAUCAGCAACAUCGUGCGGGCCGACUUCCAGACCAUCUACAACUGCACCGCCUGGAACAGCUUCGGCUCUGACACGGAGAUCAUCCGGCUCAAGGAGCAAGGUUCAGAAAUGAAGUCGGGAGCCGGGCUGGAAGCAGAGUCUGUGCCGAUGGCCGUCAUCAUCGGGGUGGCCGUAGGAGCCGGCGUGGCCUUCCUCGUCCUUAUGGCAACCAUCGUGGCCUUCUGCUGUGCCCGCUCCCAGAGAAAUCUCAAAGGUGUUGUGUCAGCGAAGAACGAUAUCCGCGUGGAGAUCGUCCACAAGGAGCCUGCCUCUGGCCGGGAGGCGGAGGAACACCCCACCAUUAAGCAGCUGAUGAUGGACCGGGGUGAAUUCCAACAAGACUCCGUCCUCAAGCAGCUGGAGGUCCUCAAAGAAGAGGAGAAGGAGUUUCAGAACCUGAAGGACCCCACCAAUGGCUACUACAGUGUCAACACCUUCAAGGAGCACCACUCCACCCCCACCAUCUCGCUGUCCAGCUGUCAGCCGGACCUGCGUCCCACCGGCAAGCAGCGGGUGCCCACGGGCAUGUCCUUCACCAACAUCUACAGCACCCUGAGCGGCCAGGGCCGUCUCUAUGACUACGGCCAGAGGUUUGUGCUGGGCAUGGGCAGCUCGUCCAUCGAGCUCUGCGAGCGCGAGUUCCAGAGGGGCUCCCUCAGCGACAGCAGCUCCUUCCUGGACACGCAGUGUGACAGCAGCGUCAGCAGCAGCGGCAAGCAGGACGGCUACGUGCAGUUCGACAAGGCCAGCAAGGCCUCUGCCUCCUCUUCCCACCACUCCCAGUCCUCUUCCCAGAACUCCGACCCCAGCCGACCCCUGCAGCGGCGGAUGCAGACUCACGUCUGAGAAUCCCCGACCGCCGGCAGGGAGGCAGGGGACUGGGGCCACGGCACGUCCUGGC